AUGGGCUUGUUCCGACGGAAACAGAAAGCGACAGAUGCAGGAGAGAAGGCUGAGAAGGUUGACGCUGACAUCCCACCGCCGCUCAUGACGGUGCUCAAGUCGGUGCAGGAAAUGGACAGGAAACCGCCCGUGACGCUGUCACUCAUGGGGGUCAUGUAUUUGCUUCAUGUGCAAGUCAAGAGGACACCAUGGUUGUUGCUGCCAUUCUCAUUAUGUCCGGGCAAAGUGGCGGCUAAUAAGGAGAUUAGAGCGGUGUUCAUUGCACCUUUGAUCCAUUCGGAGGAGUUGUAUCUGUACCAGAGCUUAUUGUCUUUCCUGUGGAAAGGGUACAAGCUCGAAGGACGACUGGGCAGCAUUGGCUUCUGCAUACUCUUGGUCUAUUUGAUUGUGCUGUCUCAAAUCCUCAUCGUGUUUGGAGCACAUUUGAUAUCACUGGGGGCAACACGUGAAUGCUUCACUGGGUUUUCAGGAGUGCUCACGGCGAUGAAGGUGAUUUUGAAUGUCAACUCGCCAACCUUUACGAAGCUUUACAGUUUCCAAGUCCCGACCAAGUACGCAGCGUGGCUUGAGCUGUUUGUCACGUAUCUUCUUGUCCCGAAGUUGCCAUUACUGGCUCAAGCCGCUGGGCUCAUUGCAGGAUAUCUCUACGUCGUGACCCCGAACUCAGAAGAGCUUGUCGGGUGUUUAUCGCAGCACGUUUAUCGACUUCUAAUUCGAGUUGGGUUCAUUAAAAAGCCUGUUCAAUGGUGGCAGAUCUGGUCAAAAUUGGUCGACUCGAUGCGACGAAGGAAACAGCGUCGAGCACGACAGGAAUCAUAG